UUGGGUUUCCCACUUCCCGCAUAGAGCGGCGACAGGCUGCACCCCCUACCCCCAACAGCAGAACCCAUUCAUCUGGGGAGGGGGGGGGGGAUAGAGAAUCAGUCACUGAGGGAGACGAGCGCCGAGCUAGACUGCCGCUUACUGCUCCGACACUGCUUUCUUUGAACGGAGGGGUGCCGACGCAGGGGCACACGCUCUCCCUCCCCUCCCUCUUUCUCUCAGACACACACACACACGCACGCGCUCUGCAGUAAAAGUCGACUGCGUUCGGGAGACGCUGCUCCAGAGGAACGAAGGCAGCGGAUGCAGGCAGCCCUGGGUUUGAGCCCUACUUCAGAGGCACCAUGAGGAGGGCCACGAGUCUCCCCGGGGUCUCCACCGAGCUGCCGAGUUCCCUCCUCGCACCGUGAGCAUCGUCCGUGGUCCGAGACCUCCGAACGACAGCAUCGAAGCUCAUUGUUGAAGGCUGCUACCUCAACCGCACCAUCAACUUCACACAUCUGUGUUCAUUACCUGGAGAACAUCUGCGAGAGGGCGGCCCAAGUGCACUCAGCAGUUCGAAGACUAAGCUAAAAAAAGCGAAGCCCGGGAAGACCCAUGGGGGGGUAGACUGACACCCUUACUUCAGUAAAGUGUGUGGACAUUCGGCUCAUCGGUGUGCGCCACCCAUUUGGACCAGUCUCCUGAAGUCGUGUGCAAUCGGAGGAAUCGGCUGAAUGAAACUGAGCUGCAGAGCAGGGGGGUAUCACGAUCCUGCCUGCUCUGAAUGUGUGGCAGAAACACAGCGAUGGACAGACGGCGGUGGAGCGCAGCGCAAGUGACGGCGUCUCAUUGUGGAAUUAGUGCUUUUCCAAACACGAGGGAAACUCCUGCGCGGCGUGACUGAGGACGGCCCCCCCCCGAACCCGGGUGGUACACACAGUCCAAAUCCGCAUCCCUCACCAGGAAUGGCACCAGCCCACGGAGGAAAUGGGCUGAUGUGUUGAUUCGAGCCUCGGUGAAGCCCAGACACUGAAGGUCUGAGGACAAAUUAGGUCUACCAUGCCCUGCACCCCACUUCGGCACCCUUCCGGAAAACCGAAGCCACCAUCGACGCAGCACCUGUACAGCAAAACACAGCUCCGUUUAGUCUUCCGAAACCCCUCUUCAAAAUGGAUCCAUCCAGGAGACCCCCAAACUGCCCAGGGAUGGACAAAUUCCCAGCCGCCCUUGCCAAGACUCAGCCUCCGCAUGUGCCUGAAUGGGACCGACCCCUUACUGGAGCGACUGCAAUUGGCUGUGAUUCCUAGGCUCCGCCCCUUUGUCUGGCUAACACUGGUGACCUACGUUAGCCUGCUCGUGACACCCGUGUCCGGAGGAGAAACCUGGGGCAUGGUGUCCCUCUGCCCAUUCCACUGCGUGUGCCGGAACCUGUCCGAGUCGCUGAGCACACUGUGCGUCAACAAGGGGCUCCUCUUUGUGCCACCCAACAUCGACCGGCGCACUGUGGAGCUGCGCCUCGCCGACAACUUCAUCCUAGAGGUGGGUGGAGCCGACUUCGCCAACAUGACCGGCCUGGUGGAGCUGACACUGUCGCGGAACACCAUCCAUGGCAUCCGGCCAAUGGCCUUUGGAGACCUUGAGAGCCUGCGCUCGCUGCACCUAGACACAAACCGGCUGACAGCGGUGGGGCCGCGAGACCUGGCUGGACUGCUCAACCUGCAACACCUCAUCCUCAACAACAACCAACUAACGGAUGUGUCAUCCCAGGCCUUCGAUGACUUCCUGUCCACACUUGAGGACCUGGACCUGUCCUACAACAACCUGCGCGGCGUGCCCUGGGAAGCAAUCCAGAAUAUGGCCAGCCUGCACACACUCCACCUGGACCACAACCUCAUUGACCACAUUGCUGAGGGCUCCUUUGGCGAGAUGUACAAGCUGGCCCGGCUUGACAUGACGUCCAACCGGCUGCAGACCCUGCCCCCGGAUCCCCUGUUCGCCCGCUCACAGACCGGGGUAAUCAGCCCUACGCCUUACAACACCAUUAUCAGCUUGAACUUUGGCGGGAACCCGCUGCACUGCAACUGCGAGCUGCUGUGGCUGCGGCGGUUGGUGCGCACAGAUGACAUGGAAACUUGUGCCACACCUGCACACCUGGCAGGACGGUAUUUCUGGUCCAUCCCUGAGGAGGAGUUCACCUGUGAGCCACCACUCAUUACCCGGCACACCCACAAGUUGUGGGUGCUGGAGGGCCAAAGGGCCACAUUGAGAUGCCGCGCCAUCGGGGAUCCUGAGCCAGUCAUCCACUGGGUAUCGCCGGAUGACCGCAUCAUGGCCAACACAAGCCGCACGCAGUCCUACCGCAACGGGACGCUGGACCUGCUCGUGACAAGGGCGCGCGAUGACGGCACCUACACCUGCAUCGCCAUGAAUGCAGCGGGCGAGGCCACUGCCAUGGUGGACCUCAAAAUCGUCCCGCUCCCACAUCGCGGCAACGGUACAGUGCCGCUCGUGUAUGGCCGUGACCCCGGCUCCUCCGACAUCACCAAUGGCAAGAGCAGCAGCGGCGGCGGCACCAGGGUUGUCGUGGCCAGGAAUGUAAGCAUGCAGGAGGAGCGGGAUGGGAGACCACCUGGGGAGUGCAAGGUUGCGGUGCUGGGGGUGACAUCCAGCUCGGCACAGGUGCGCUGGUACCUGGGGAGGUCCUCAGGAGCGUACAUGGUGUGGAUGUACCAGAUCCAGUACAAUAGCACGGCCGACGAGACCCUGGUGUACAGAAUCCUACCUUCAACCAUCACCAGCUUCCAGCUCAAGAACCUGGUCUCGGGCGCAGACUACAACCUGUGCGUCUUGGCCAUCUUCGACGGCAUCUCAGCCAUGGCUGCCACCAAGGUGUUGGGCUGCAUCCACUUCAGCACCAAGGAUGGCUACCCAGAGUGCCGCUCGUUGCAGGCACACUUCCUGGGCGGCACCCUGACCGUGCUGGUGGGCGGGGUCCUGGUGGUGACACUGCUCGUGUUCACCGUGGCCAUGGUGGUGCGGAAAAGGGCCUGUGGUGGUCGCCACGCUGACCAGACCGAGUACCCAGCUGCCUCGCUGCCGCGCAAGGCAGCCGACGUGUGCUUGCAGACCAAUGGCAACGGGGGUGUAGUGAUGGUGGUGGUGCCCAAAGGGAUGCUAACCACCCCUCCAAAACUCAGGUCCAAGUUCAACCCUGAACAGCAUAGUGGUCAGAGCAGGGGUGUCCUGGAGAACACCCUCCCUCCUUACACCCUGUACUACUCCUCCAGCCAUGCGGCCACCCUCCCCCGCCCAGGCAACUCGGCCAAAGGCCAAAGAGCCAAGGCCAGGAUGGCCAGCUCCAGACUCUCAGCCCCACCCCAAGUGGGCAAUGAGCAGACUGAGGGCAAGAAACCCACUGGGAGCAGGGGAGGUGCAGACUGCAGCCCCUCCCCUGAGGACCUGCCUCCCAUGACUAAGCGUAGCUGCUCCUUUGACAUGGGUGAGGUCGCUACGGCAACCUGCUAUGGCUAUGCCAAGCGCCUGAGCGUGAUCUGGACACGUCGCAGCCAGUCCCUGCAUGGCAUGCUAGUCCAUUGUGCUUCGGGCAGUGGGACUGAGCAUUAUGCACAUGCACUGCGCCACGGUUACCUGCACGCCUACAACAGCUCAAACUCCAAUUCCAACUGCAGCAUGGCAGCCAAUGCAGAUGACCUGGAGGAGACCGUCGUCUAGGCUCUGCGAUAACGGUCCUGCACAGGAGCAUUAGAACUGUAGGACGGAAAGACCUGUUAGAGUCAAACAGGGAAUGGGGGGCUGGGGAACAACCACCAUUGUGAAGAUGCAACAGGACCACCCAAUGGGACAGGAUUUUGCCAUGUGAACACACACGUGUGCGCUUCUUUUCGGGGGGGCAACAGGGUAAUGCAAACCUUGUAUUGCAUUUCAUGUGUUCUCAAGGAUGAGGAUCAGACAACCAUCACGAAAAAUCCAAAACUCAUUCUGAAGGACAAAGACAAAAAACCAAAAUGUUUGUACAACAUGCAAGUGAAGCCUGCUGUUAAGUAGUGAAAUUUAAUGUUCAUAAACCAUGUUGGACUUCAAGUUUCCAGUAUAAGAAAAAUACAUUGAAGACAUUUCCACUGUACAGACUGAAGGUGUUCAUACCAGAGCUGCUCAAG